GCUACAUCAAUUUUAUUAGCUAAACAUCCACUUUAUUUCUUUUCAAGAACCACGAUAUCAGUCCCUUCAACAUGGAGAGCUUAAUUUGGCGCAGUGCUGUAAAAGCUACUGCGGGCGCUCGACCGGCAGCUUUAACGUCUGUAUUUGUUUACAGGCACCAAAUCACUCGACAUGCUAGCUCGGCCACAUCGGUAUUACAACCAUCCUUUUGGAAAGGCAUGAUACCAAAACCAUUCCGCCGUGGACGUUCCGAACAAUCAGUCGAUUGGAGCGUAAAGAAGAAGCCAAAGUCGAAGUCGAAGGACUGGAAUCCGGCAACAUUCUUUAUUAUCAUUUUCCUCUUCAUUGGGUCCAUGUCUAUUCAAAUGAUUGCUCUAAGGAAGGACUUCGAUACUUUUAUGAGACGAUCCGAGGUCCACAUUGGCCUACUCCGCGAAGUUGUAGAAAAGUUACAGAGGGGUGAAGAGGUGGAUGUUGAAAAGACAUUGGGCACUGGUGAUGCAGAAAAAGAAAAGGAAUGGGAAGAGGCUUUAAAAGAACUCGAAUGCGACGACAUCGUCAAAAAUGCGAAAACGGCCGAAAAAACGAAAUCCACCCCCACUUUUGCGAAGGCCGAGGCUAUCAUCGUGGACGAGCCGCAAAUACAAACACAAAAGAACACAAAGACGGGAGUUUACUCAAAUUUCUUCUAAGCUACAUGUUCUAUUGUACGUGUCAAUAUAUACAUUAUGGCUAUCAACAGGAUUAGGACAUCAUGUCUUUGAAAACUGAAGCACCAUGUUGUUCAACUGUAUGGUCACGGGU